CUCCCGCAACCAUUGAAACCACUGACAACACCUCCCGUUUCAACUGCACCCUCCGCAGUAAACCUACCCGCGAAAAUAUCUCCGCUCACCUCGCAACCUCUGAAUACGCACGACGCCCAAUGCCUCCUCUCGCAUCCCUACGCUCAGCGGCGCGCACCACCACCCUCGCCCGCCCAACCCUCUACUUCCCGCUUGUAAUCCGCACACGGACUUUCUCCUCAUCACAGGCCAAAAAGGCCGCUUCAGGAAGUCACGAGUCAAAGUACGACCCGCCCACCGGAUGGCUGUUUGGCGUCAAACCGGGGGAGAAAUACCAGAAGGAAGGCUGGGAGACGCUUACGUAUUGGGGCGUCUAUGGAGGCUUUGCGCUCGCCAUAAUUGCUUAUACUUUCAAGCCUGAUACUAGCAUUCAGACCUGGGCACUCGAGGAGGCGCGGAGGAGAUUAGAAGCAGAGGGUAUUCUGGCUGAUCCUACUGAGCCAAAAAAGAACCAGUAAAGGACGAGAACGAAGCCGUUGGAAGAAGGAAGGAGAGACCAGCAUUGAAGAUGAUGGGAAAGCACAAGAAUGGAUUGUACAUACAGUGCUAGCAGAUGAUGAUUUCUCCUAUGUGAUUUGCAUAGAGCUCGGCUCGGCUUAGCUUCGUUGCUGGAGACGGGUAAUGCCAUUUUUCUCGUUGAC